UUUCUGUUUGACACCCCAAACGUUCGGCUGUCUUAUAUUGGUUGUCCUAUCAAUUCACAAUUAAAGAGGUUAAGGAAAGUUGCAUUUGGUGGAAGAAAUUGAUGGACUGCCUUGUGGGUUUUGCAUCUUCUGUUUCAAGAGAUUUAGUGUGUGGUGCAUUAAAUCAAUUGCGUUAUCUUCGCUCCUUUAACAAUUUUGUCAAAAAGCUUGAGCAAGGAGAGGACGAUUUGAUUGUAACAAAACAUGAUGUCCAAAAAUCCGUUGAAGAUGCAAAGAGGAAAACUAAAGAGACUACUGGAGUUGUUGACAAGUGGCUGCAAAAUGCUAUGAGUGACAUAGGUAAAGUGAAUCAGUUGCUGGAAGAGGCAAGAACAAACAAAAUGUGUUGCUUUGGGUAUUGUCCAAAUUGGAUUUGGCGAUACCGUACAGGAAAAAAGCUAGCAAAUAAAGUUUUUGACCUUGAAAAGUUCAUUGAUGAGGGUAAAAACUAUGUGUCAUUUGACCGCAACGCUACGCUACCUUCAGACACCCUUGACAUUCUUUCAGAAAAAUGCAUGAAUUUUGAGAGUAGACAAUCUGCUUUUGAGCAACUACUGGAUGCAGUGAAAAAUAAUGAUGUUUCCAUGAUUGGGUUGUAUGGAAUGGGAGGUUGUGGUAAAACCACAUUAGCAAUGGAAAUUAGGAAGUUCGUAGAAGCAGAGCAUCUUUUUGAAAAAGUUCUUUUUGUGCCUGUUUCUAGUACAGUGGAAGUUGGGAGGAUUCAAGAGAAAAUAGCAAGUUCACUGCAAGUUGAAUUUCCAGAAACCGAAGAAAUGAAGAGAGCCCAAAGAUUGUGCUCAAGAUUAACUCAAGAGAAAAAUGUUUUUAUAAUUCUAGAUGAUGUGUGGGAGAAGCUUGACUUUGGCCGUAUUGGAAUUCCUUCUUCUGAACACCUUAAAGGCUGCAAGAUUCUCAUUACCACUAGAUCAGAAGCAGUUUGUACUUUAAUGGAUUGUCAAAGAAAGAUUUACUUGCCAAUUUUAACCGAUGAAGAAGCAUGGACUCUUUUCCAAAAUAAAGCACUUAUAUCAGAUGCCACCUCUGAUACCUUAAAGGAAAUAGGAAGAUUAAUUUCCAAUGAAUGUAAAGGAUUGCCGGUUGCCAUUGCACCUGUUGCUUGUAGUUUGAAGGGAAAAGCUGAGACGGAAUGGAGGGUUGCAUUGAAUAAAUUGAAACAUUCUAAGCCAAUAAAUAUCGAAAGAGGUUUGACUGAUCCCUACAAGUGCCUGCAGUUGAGCUAUGAUAAUUUAGAUACUAAAGAAGCUAAAUCACUUUUCCUGUUGUGCUCUGUGUUUCCUGAAGAUUUUGAAAUUCACAUUGAAAUUUUAACAAGAUUUGCAAUAGGAUUAGGUGUAGUUGGAGAAGUUGACUCAUAUGAAGAGGCAAGGAGUGAAGUGAUUGCAGCUAAAAUUAAGCUUGUUGGUUGUUGUUUAUUGUUGGAUGCAGAUGAUGAAUGUGUCAAAAUGCAUGACAUAGUUCGUGAUGUGGCCCACAUAAUAGCAAAAGAUGAGAAUAAGAUUAUCAAGUGUGAAGUGGAAAAAGAUGUUAGAGUGGAACAAAAUUCAGUAAGAUAUCUAUGGUGUGCGAAAUUUCCAAAUGAUUUGGAUUGCUCCAAUCUUGAGUUUUUAUGUUUAGGGACAAAGAUGAAAGAAUUUGAUGGGAUUUUCAAAAGAAUGGGAAUGCUCAAAGUUUUGAUUCUUGAAAACGAUGAGGAUGGAAAAACACGAUUGUCAACAAUAUCUUUCAAAACAUUAACAAAUCUUCGUUGUCUAUUCAUUGCGAAUUAUGAAUUGAGCGACUUCUCAUUUUUUGGCGGUAUGAAGAAUCUUCAAAGUCUCUCGUUGUAUAAUUGUUUACUGCCUUCAUUUCCUGAAUUACAAACCGAUGUUGCGAUUACACUAAAAUUGUUAGACUUAAAUAGAUGUAACAUUAAAGUGAAGAAUUUUGAAGUGAUUAAAAGAAUUCCGCUUUUGGAAGAGUUGUACAUCAUUGAAAUUGAAGGAGAAUGGGAUGCUAACAGUGAAGACAAUAUUGAAUUCUUUAAGACGUUUAGCAUUCCCGAAACACUACAAAGGUAUGGAAUUGUAUUAGGGUCUCGUUACUUUGAUCAUUAUAGUGAUGGAGAUAUUUACAUUCAUGGCAGAACUUUUUUACUUAACCAUUUUGACAUAUCAAAUGAGGUAAUAAAGGGUUUGAUAAAAAGAGCAAAGGAUCUAUUCGUGGCAACUAUUCAUGGAGGUGCAAAAAAUAUCAUCCCUGAUAUAUUUCAAAUUGAAGGAGGAGGUUUGGAUGAGUUGAAUAAGUUGGAGAUACGUGAUUCUGAAGAGUUAGAAUGUUUGAUUGACACUCGUAGUCACUCGAGUGAGGUGGUAACUCUCUUCUCCAAGUUGCAUACACAUAGAAUCAGCGACAUGAAAAAUCUAAGAGUUCUAUGGAAUUGUUUUCUACCUGCCAAUGGGCCUUUUGAGAAGUUAGAGAAGCUGUAUUUAAGAGAUUGUCCACGACUAACAUCUCUCUUCACGUAUGUUGUUGCUCGAAGUUUGGUAAAAUUGAAAAUAUUAAAAAUAUCAGAAUGUGAUGAACUGAAGUAUAUAUUAGCAGAUGAUGACAAAACGGAGGAAGGUGAAGAUGAAUUCACCACAGAGCAUCCUGUACAAAUUUUCCAAAAUCUGCAGGAUGUAAAUAUAUAUAGCUGUCGAGAAUUAAAACAUAUAUUCCCAGCCAACAUUGUUGGAGGCUUAACUCAAUUGAAAAUUGUUGAGAUAGAAAAAUGUGACAAGCUAGAUGAAAUAAUUGGAGAUAUUGUUCCAUCAACAGACCGUGAUAAACUAAUAGAGGAAGGAACUCUAUCAAGCCUUGCAAACCUUAGGAUAACAUAUUGUGGAAAGUUAGGCUCAAUUUUUACAGCAUCUACAGCUAAGACCUUGACUUCUUUGGAAGAAUUGUCCAUAGAAGGGUGCAAAAGUUUGAAGGAUAUAGUAACUCACGAAAGGGUCAAUAAAAAUCAGGAGGAAAGCAUUGUUGAGGAUGAGCCUGAUUGUCAGAGUGAUAUUUCAAUCUUCCAAAGUUUGAAAAAGCUACAUAUCAGUGAAUGUGAGUUAUUGGAGGGUAUAUUCCCUGUUUCUUUUGUUGGAGAAUUGAAUGAUAUAACAAAUAAAGAGGCUGCUGAUUUGAAAGACUUCUCUAGUCGAAAUAAUACUCAAAUUGAGCUUCCUGCUUUACAAGUACUUGAACUUCAUCGUAUUCGGAACAGAACCGUUGUUGGUAGUUAUGAUGUGAUAUGUCCAUCUUUAAGAACACUAUCAUUGGAUAUUGGGAGAUAUGUUGGGUUUUUCAACAUAAAUUGUUCAAGCGAUGCUUCAGAAGCUACAGAAAGGGAUUGUAUUGGAAUCAAGAUAUCGAACUCAGAUUUUGAUCCGCCGGUUGAAAGUGUUGAAUGUCUUUCAAAACAACCACACGGUUUGAACUUGAUUAUGACACACAAUAUUAGAGAGAUUCAACUGACAGGCUUUGAUAAGGCAAAGUACCUUUUUAAACUCUCCAUUGCUUCAUCAUUGACGAUGUUGGAAAUUUUGAGAAUUAUUGAAUGUCUUGGACUUAAGUACAUUAUAGACACUGAUGAUGAAUAUGGCAAAGAGAAUAAGAAAGCUAUCUUUCCUAACUUAAAAAAGCUCUAUGUGUAUGAAUGUUUCCAAUUGAAAUAUAUGUUUGGGCAAUAUGACGUAGCUAAUAAGGAUUAUAAGGAGAUUCAUAUUCAAUUCUCAGCAUUGGAAAUACUCUCUCUUCGGAAUCUACCAAAGUUUGUUAGCAUUUGUUCUACCAACAAUCUCAUUGUGACGUGGCCAUCUUUGAAGGACUUUGGCUGUUACGAAUGUUUGUAUCCAUUUUAUGGUUCAAGAGAGGCUAUUAUCACAAGUACGAAGGAUCCGAAAGGGAUUCAGAACCAUCUCCCCACUUUGCAAACUCUAAUCAUAAUGGAUUCUGAUGCAGAACGUAUUUUUUGUAUAAUGAUUGGCCAACAAGUGAGUUUAAGGUUAGAGAACUUGAUGUUAGAAUCUCUACCUCAAAUGACUUAUAUUUGGGUGGGUCCCAACAAUUCACUUACUCUCCAACAUCUUACCACAUUAGAAAUAAGGAAAUGUGAAAAGUUGGAAGUAAUCUUUCCAAAGUCUGUUGUAAGAUUCUUACCAGAGUUGAAGCUUUUGACGAUAAGUAAAUGCAAAGAAUUAAGAGAAAUAAUUGAAGGGGAUAGAAAUUUGUCUAAUAUUCUUUCUCCUCAACCAUGCUUCCCAAAACUAGCAGCAUUGCAUGUUGAUCAUUGUCACAAGUUGAAAAGAUUAUUCUCUGCUUCUAAUGUCCUUCUCAAUCUUCAUCUUCUGGCCAUAAAUGGAGCCAAUGAACUAGAAGAGCUUGUUGGAUGUAAACAAGGAAAGAUUAAAGUUGAGCUUCCAAGACUCAAACUUUUAAUAUUUAUGCAUCUGGAAAACUUCAGUCAAGAGAUUGAAUUGCAUAAUGUAAAGAAUUGCAUUGUCUACAAAUGUCCAAAACUCUCUUUGACUUCAACAACUACAUUUGAGAAGCUCCUUGAAGAUUUUCCUUCUGAAGAUUUCGUAAACACUGAAGUUCGUAGUUGGGAAUUUGAAGCCAUAGUAGAUUCAACUAUUAAUGAUAGCAGUGACGCUUCAUCAGAGAAGAUUGAGGACGUAGGAAAUGAGAGCAUUAAAGAGGGCCCUUUAGUUGAAGACAUUGGCAUUGAAGGUGGUGUUGCAACUCACGUUGAGUCUGCUGGUGAGGACAAACUUGCGCUAGAUUCCAAGGUAGUUGAACAAGAUGAUAAAUUGAAUGAAGGCAUGGCAGGAACAGUGGCAAGCCAAGGAAUCCAAGUACAAGAAGGGUUGAACCUUUUGUAUAAACAAGAAGGAAUAGAUGUUGUUCCUAACAACAAUAUUGACAUUUCUUCAGCUUCUGCAGAUAUCCGUACAAGAUUGGGAGCAUAUAAACAUUUUGUUGAUCUGGAUGAUGCACAGAUUUCUCUUCUGGUGGAGGCAAUAACAACAUAUCCUCAUCUCUGGAAUGCUUCCAAGAAGUUUAAAAAGCCCAUUCAAGCUUGUAGGUUGAAAAUUUUGGCAGAUAUGUUGCUGUUCCUUCAGAAGGAAAGUGACGAUAGUGUUAUUCCUCAAAGAGAAAAAGAGUUCGAUAAACUAUGUGAAGAAGCUAUUGAAAUUGGAUUUGAGAGUUCAUGGGUAGAGGAAAUGCGUCAACGUGUUGUGGCGAGGGAUCCUAAGCUGGAAGAGGACAUUGCUAAGAGACAAAUAAAUGAGAAUUCUAAGAGGUGUAGUAGUUGGGACAUGGUACGAGAUUCCCAGGAUGCUGAACAAGGUAAUGGGCCUAAGAUUCGCUUGGAAGAAGGUUCUGACUUGGUUGAUAAAGAAGGUGAAAUAGGUGUUGUUUCUACUGACCACAUUGUGGCUCCGAGAAAUGAAGAACCAGAGCAGGAAUUUGUUGCAGAAGUUUCCACUUCAGAAAUACCAAGAAUAGCAACAUCAUUAACAAACUCGCAAACAGUUGAAAAGCCAACACCUUCAAAUCCAUUGGUGGACACACAGCACACUAGUGAACCGUGUUUGAUGGAGCAGAAAAAACCACUUGGUGAAAUUCCAAAGAGUAUUGAGCAAGUUGCCGUAGAGGAAACCAUAGCAAAGAACACCAAUAUGGCAGCUUCAUCAAUUUUUUCCGAAUCCGCGACCUCUAAGUUGGAUCCAACAGUUACUUUACUAAGUAAAGCACAUCCACAUCAUGAGAUUGGGGACGUAAGAAAUGAUAGUAUUAAAGAGGGGCCUGCAGCAGAGGGUGCUAAGACAAAAUCUUUGUCAACUGGUGUUGAAGACAUUGGCAUUGGAGGUGGUGUUGCAACUCACAUUGGUUCUGGUGGCGUGGACAUACUUGCACAAUAUUCAAAGGUUGUUGAACAAGAUGAUAAGAUGAAUGAAGGAAAGGCAGGAAUACUGCCAAGUCCAGAUUGCACAGAAGCUGUUGAAAUUGGAUUUGAGAGUUCAUGGGUUGAUGAAAUGCGUCAACGUGUUGUCAUGAGGGAUCCUAAGCUGCGAGAGGACAUUGCACAGAGACAAAUAGAAGAGAAUUCUAAGAGGUGUAGUAGUGGGAACAUGGUACAAGAUUCUCAGGCUGUUGAACGAGCUGAUGGGCCUAAGAUUAGCUUGGAAGAAGGUGUUGCUUCUAAUGACCACAUUGGGACCCUGAGAAAUGAAGAAGCAGAGGAGGAAUUUGUUGCAGAAGUUUCCAUUUCAGAAAUACCAAGAAUAGCAACAACAUUAACAAGCUCACAACCAGUUGAAAGGCCAACUCCAAGUUGUUUGAAUAUGCCUCUACGUGAAACACCCGAAAAUGCAUUGGUGGACAAACAGCGGAUUAUUGAACCGUCUUUGAUGAACCAACAAAAUCCAUUUGGAGAAAUUAGAAUUGAGCAAGUUACUGUGGAGGAAACCAUAGCAAAGAACACCAAUAUGGCAGCUUCAUCAAUUCUUUCUCCACUUGUUAACACUCAGUUAGACCAGAAAAUUACUUUCCAAAGUAAAUCACAUCCACAUAGUGAAAUUAGGAGCAGCCAAACUGAGGCAGGCAUUGGGACCAACGAUGUCAUAAGCUUAUUUGCAUCAGAAAAAGAGAGUGAAGAUAGACCAGUGGGAAAGACCCUCGCUGAGCUAGAAAAGUUUAUGAAGAUGUCUCUGAAGGACGUAAUUAGCUCUGAAACUGACACUCUUCGUCUUUGGUCUACUCUUAAUUUGCUGUCCAACCUUCCUUUCAAAGAUGUGAUUCUAUCAGAUGGACUCAAACGUAUUAUAGACACUAUGCUCCAACACUUCCCAACCAUUCUACGCUCUUUUAAGCAAGGCUUUGCUACCACCGACAAGUUGGGAAAGCUUGAAGCUUGUCAGAAUGAGGUGGCCACUACUCUUGUUUCCAAAAUUUCUGAGGCAGAGAAUUUCUACAAUGAAGCUCAACUGAAGGAAGUUGUUUUGAAGGAACAAAUAAAAGUUUGUGAGGCUGCCUUAUCAUCUUUGGAGAAGGAAAAGAAUAAACGCAUUGCGGAAACUAUAGGGUACAAAAAGGAGCUUGAAAAUGUGAUGAAGGAUAGAUCUCAAAUGUUGGAAGAUAAAAGAAAAGUUGAGCAAGAGUUGUUUGACGUGGCUUACAAAUGGUCAAAUUUGUGCAGUGAAUAUGAGCUCAAUCGCAUGGCUGCUAUAAAUAUCCCGUAAGGGUUUUCGUUGUUC